AUCGUGUCUGUACGAAGCGAAACCCAGUAUGAGCGUGCCUGAAGUAUAGGGUUUAAGCAGUCGUAAGCAUUUCCAAAAAGAAACCAAAACCGAAACCCUCAUUGGUUGCCGAUAUGGAAACCAAGUACAAAUUUUCGCUAUUAAUUCCAUCAAAUCUUUUUGUUAACCCUAAACCUAAUCCCUCUUCCGCCGCGCCUCCACAAAAAACAUGGACAACGACGACGACGUUUUCGCCCUCGCCGAUUCCUUCAUUAAUUUUGAUUAUGCCCCUGAUUCCCCUCCUCCUCUUUCGGAUCCUCCCGUUGCGUGUUCCGGUGUUGAAAAUGAAGUUAAUGAAAAUGUCGAGAUUAUUGAUGCUGUUGUUAGAAGCGAGAUUAUCUCUAAUGAUGAUGAAAUUAGAGGCGACAUUAUUACUAAUAACUAUGAUGGUACUCAAAUGAUUGAUAUUAGAGAUGAGAUUAUUGCCAAUGAUGAUGGUAAUGAAAUGGAUAGUGAUAGUAGUUGGAUUGAAAGAACCGAGAGUGAGGAGUAUGAGUAUGAAGAAGGCGAGAUCGUUGAUUCUAAUUCUGAAGAUAAAGAAGAUGAUUCCGAGGAAACGACUAGCUGGUGCUUUGAUGUUGGCGGCGACAAUGAUGAUGAUCAGUCUCAGUCUCAAGAAAGUAGAACGAACGAGCUUGAGAAUCUCUCUAGGGUCCCUCCUGUGAAUGUAAACUUGGGACCACAUCAUAAAAUGCUGCCUGUGGGGGUUGUUACAUCGAUUGUUGGUGUUCGAGUCAUUGUUGAAGGGGUGGAGAAGCAUGACCCUCUUAAUGAGGGUUCCAUUCUUUGGAUUACUGAAAGGCAAACACCUCUUGGCUUAAUUGAUGAGGUCUUUGGUCAAGUAAAAAAUCCUUAUUAUGUUGUGCGAUACAAUUCUGAAAAAGAAGUUCCAGAAGGGAUCCGUGAGGGAACUUUGAUUUCUUUUGUUGCAGAAUUUGUAAAUCAUGUGCUAAAUAACAAGGACCUUUACAAGAAAGGAUACGAUGCAUCUGGUCAGUACGAUGAGGAGGUGUCUGAUGAAGAAGAAUUUUCGGAUGACGAGAAAGAGGCCGAGUACAAGAGACUGGUAAAACAAAAUAAAAGAGGUCGAAACAAUCAAAGUACCGACAGGAGGAUGGAAAACAACAGGAAGCAAGUUCCUCUAAAAGAUGGUUCCAUCACUACAAUGUCUAUUGCACAUGCCGGGUCAUCUGUUGCUCAUGGUCAUUGUCCACCUAUUCAGGCCACUGGGCAAGGCUUUAUUGGUGCUGCCCAUGGUCAUUCUUCACCUCUUCCAUGCACUAGACAAAGCUUUUUUGGUUCAACUAACGUGAAUCCACCAUUUCCACAUGCAAAUGGUGGUCCUAACGUGUUUACAACUGGAGUUUGGCCAAAUGGGGGGACCCUUCCGCCACAACAGUCUGCAAUGUAUCCAGAAAAUACUCAAAUUUCUCAGCAGUUGCCCAUGCAAGGAAUUCCGCUUCAACAGCAGUUGCCCAUGCAAGGAAUUCCGUUUCAACAACAGUUCAACCCAAGCCAAAGGUUUCCUCCACCGACUACAUAUCCUGGAGGACAGCUCAAUAUGUAUGCAGAUCCCAUGCAUGCACAAGGGCCCAUUAAUCAAAACCAAUGGACACCCAUUCCUCAGUUUCAGGCACCUAUGAAUUUUAAUCCAAAUCAUAUUUCAGGCCAUCAAGGUGUUCCUUGGCUCCAAUUCAACCAACCUGCCAAUAUUAAUCCAAAUCGUAUUGCAGGCAAUCAAGGUGGUCCUUCUCUCCAAUUCAACCAACCUGCCAAUAUUAAUCCAAAUCAUAUUGCAGGCAAUCAAGGUGGUCCUCCUUUCCAAUUCAACCCACCAGCCAAUUUUCAUUCAAACCAUAUAUCUGGCAAUCAAGGUGGUCCUCCUCACCAAUUCAACCCCCCAUCAAAUUUUCAUGCUGUUUCAAUUUCAGAUAAUCAGCAUCCUCCGCAAUUCCAUCAUCAAUUUAAUCCUGGUGCUUAUGAUGGCCCUGGGAGAGCAUUUUCUGCUAGCCGUGGAAGAAGACCAUUCCAUCGAGGUGGUAGAGGUUGGCGACCAGCCAGAUAAAGGUUGCUCUGUACAAACAAUAUCUCUGGUAGGAACUUGAUGGAAGCACUGUAUGCUUCAUUUUGUUGUGAUUCCUGUAAUGAAGAUGAAUUUAUAACUUUUAGUUAACCUAGGUCAUUUGUUUUCAUUGGAUUUUUACUUGUACAGUCUUGUACUGAAGAUUUCCUCCUUGGUGGCUUGGUUGACAAAAACACUUUCACCAGGGAUGAAUUGUGAAAAGGAAACAUAUACGAAAUAGUUUAUUGGGGCACACUAGUUUGCAAUGUUACUGGCACAAAUUUUGUCAA